GACGCGGCUCGCGCGAGCUCGCUGCGAACACGACCAGAACCUGUGGCGUGUUGUGACGUCACGGCGCCGGGGAUCGAUAGUGGGCCGCGCCGCACCGCAACGCCGGGAGUACGGCCGACGCUGGGCCGGUGGUGAAUCGGAGAACGGAGCGCCGGCGGAGACACACCAACAUGUGGCACCUGCUUAUCUGCGUGGCUGCGCUGGUGACCGCCGUGCAAGGCACGUGUGACUCCGACACGCUCUACUUCGGCGACCUGAAUCCAGCCACCACCUCGCCGUACCAGCUGCAGGUGAUUUCCGCUCUGGGCACGUACGUACUUGAGCCGAACAACGUGUCGCUGGUGGCGUACCGGCACAUCGGACGGCCUGACCAGUUCCUGCUGCGGGAGCCCACCGCGGCCGCCGUCAAGCGCUGGGUCGUCGCCACCCUGCCCGACGACAAGAAGCCGGAGCGCGUGCAGCACGCCUACGAGGCGUGGCCGGAGUCGGGCAACAUCCUGGCCACGGGUGAGUUCGAGGACGAGCCUUGGAGCGCCGGCGCCGGCGCGUGGCUCGUGCGCGACUGCGACGAGGGCCGCUCGCCGCUGGCGACGCUCAACGUCAGCUGCGUGCCGAAACACUUUGGCCAGUGCUCGACGGACCGGUGGCGCGUGACAGGGCCGGCGGGCGGCGACUCGUUCGACGUGCUGACACCGUCGUCGACCUACGUCAACGGUCGGCGCCAGUACACCUCGCUCACGGAGAAGCUGUCUGUGGGCGCCGACGGCCGCUGGCGGCUGACCAGCGUCCUGCCGGGGCAGGGCAGCCUCGUGUCGUCGACGCCGGCGGAGCGGCUGGAGUUCGUGCGCGGCUGGCGCGCCGUCGACGCCGCUGGCCAGGAGACGGACGCGCCCGGCAGGAGCGUCCAGUGCGAGCCUAUCCCAGCGCCCGGCGGCGAGGGCGGCGACCCGUGCGCGACGAACCCGUGCAAGAACGGCGGCACGUGCCUGCCGGCGCCCGACGACCCGGCGGCGUACCUCUGCCGCUGCCGCUUCGACAGCGUGAGCCUCAACUGCAUGGAGGUGCGGGAGUGCAAGCCGCCGCCGACGGUGGCCAACGGUCACUUGCUCUUCACCAGCGACUUGUCACCGCACGGCAAGGCCUUCUACCGCUGUGACGUCGGCUACUUCAUCAAGAAUGCUGACACGAAGGCCGACAAGAAGGCCAACGCCUUCGCUACCUGCGACGGCGCCAGGUGGCAGAACGUGCCGACUUGCGUGCCCAUCACGACACAGGUGACCAUUGCGGCGGCGUACGUGCACAGCUGCGACUUCGACGCCGGCUGGUGCGACUACCGGCACGCGCCGACGCUCACCCUGUCGGGCCGCUCGUCCGGCUGGGAGCGCGUGAGCGCGGCUGGCCGAGGCUACGCGGCCGAGGUCCGCGGCAGCGGCGACGGACGCCGUCAGGGUGGCGCGCCUGGAGACCCCCUGCAUACCAAGAGCAGGACGGACUGGACGACGGCGACGCUGACGCUGCCGCCUGGCGGCAACCGGCUGACGUUCGAGGCCAUCACGGAGGGGGGCGGCACGAGCGUGGGCGUCGACAACGUCCGCGUGUUCCAGUGGAACUGCAAGCAGGUCGGAAAACUGCUGUUCUCGAGCGCGAGUAGCGGGUCGGUGCAGGAGAAGCUGCUGCCGCUGCUGUCGCUUCUGCUGCUGCUCGUUUACAGCGGGUUUGCUGGUGUCCUCGAAGCUUAG